GGACGGGCCUUAACAUUGUCAAUUUUGACAUUUGAUAAGAAAUCAUGAAGUAAUUUUUGAGAAGAAAAAUCCUUUGGAAUAAGAAAUUCAAUAAUAGGAAUAAUAGGAACCAAUUCAGGAAAGAUUAUAAUUUAUUUAGCUUACCUUUUAUGAAGCGAAUAGCAGCUGUAUGGUAAAAAUGGCCACAGAAGUAGAAACUCCAGGAGUUCAGCAAAAGUCGAAGAAACCUUCAGAUUCGGCCUUCAAGCAGCAACGACUUCCUGCAUGGCAACCAGUAUUAACUGCAGGCACCGUGUUGCCCACCUUCUUCGUCAUUGGAAUUUUGUUCAUACCAGUGGGAGUGGCAUUGCUUUAUUUCUCCGAUGAAGUUAGUGAGUUUGUCUAUGAUUACACCCACUGUAAACAAGAGGGGGCAGACAAUUUGACCUGUGCCGAAUAUAUUACUAACCAUCCUAGUGGAAAAUGUGAAUGCAAAAUUGAAUUCGAUCUACCAAAAGAUUUCACAGGAGAUGUCUAUAUGUACUAUGGCCUUAGUAAUUACUAUCAAAAUCAUCGGCGUUAUGUGAAAUCUCGAGACGAUGAACAGCUGUUGGGCCGACUAUCAUCAAAUCCAUCAACGGACUGUGUUCCCUUCGCUUAUGUUGAAGAAAAUAUGCAAAGUAUACCUAUCGCACCUUGCGGCGCGAUCGCCAACUCGCUUUUUAACGAUACAUUAACACUGAAAUACGGCGAUGUAGAAGUGCCCCUGAUCAACACCGGUAUUGCUUGGCCAUCUGAUAAGUUAAUUAAAUUUAGAAAUCCACCAGGCAAUUUAACGCUUGCUUUGAAGAACUUCAGUAAGCCAAAAUUUUGGCAAAAGGAGCUUUGGCAAUUGGAUCCACAAAAUCCCGACAACAAUGGAUUUCAGAACGAGGACUUAAUUGUUUGGAUGCGUACGGCAGCAUUGCCAAGUUUUCGUAAACUUUAUCGGCGCGUUGACCAUUCCAAUGCAACUUUUCAAAAUGGUUUGAAGAAGGGCGCUUAUACGCUGAAUAUUAUUUAUCAAUAUCCCGUGACGUCAUUUGAUGGUUCCAAAAAAAUGAUUUUAUCGACAACGUCUCUUCUGGGUGGAAAAAAUCCAUUUCUUGGCAUUGCCUACAUUGUUGUUGGAUCAAUUUGUCUAAUUCUUGGCGUUGCGCUGCUGUUCAUACAUAUCAAAUGUAGCAAAAGCACUACGGAAAUGAUCAACGUCAACCCACGCACACCAUAUUCGUAACCGCAUUUCAGUUAGGCGACUUAAUGGGAGAUUGCAAGCACAACUGUGUCUCGGAUUUUUACUGAUUAUUUUGGAUGUAUUGCACGAAGAUAUUACGGAUUUAGCAGCAGAAACUUGUUUGAAAGAUAUCUGAACAAUUAUUAUUAACGUUUAGUCCAUGGUAGUGCAGCUUCUAUGAAUGUAGUUGAUUAACAAAUAUGACUUUAAAAGUUAUCCACUUGCAUAGUUAUCUACUGGGUGACAGGUAA